CUGGCACAUCAGUCACUUUCUAGUUGUACCGCGAAGAAUUGAAGAAAAAUGAAGAGCAUCAUCGCGAUCAUCUUGGCCGUUGCGCUCCUAUCGGAGGCUAAAGUCGCGCCGACCACCACUGCUAACACCCAAACGACUCCUGAGGUUCAAUUAAGCGAUCUUAUCAGCCAGGCUCAAGCUAACAUCAACAAUCUGGGCAAACAAAUUCAAGAACAUUUGAACCUUCCCGAUCAAGAGACCUUGGUUCAAACUGUAAAAGACCAAAGCAGCGCGUUCGUGACCGAUGUUCAACAGUACAUAGCAAACAUCACCGAACAGGUGAAAGACAAAAGUCCGGAGGUGGAAAGGAUGUGGAACGACAUUAAGGGCAAACUGACCAAAGCGGUGGAUGAUAUUAGCAGUGGUAUCCCGAAUGCUCAGCAACAGGUUGCUGAUUUGGAAUCUAAAUUCCAACAAGGAGUUCAAGUUAUACUUAAAGAAUCCGAUACUGCUGCAAAAUCUCUGAGCCAACACUCUGGAAAGAUUCAGGAAGAUCUUGCUAAAUUCGCUAAACAGGCGGUGGACAUUGCUGUACAAGCGACACAGAACCUGAACAACAAUCUCCAGCAAGCAGCUGCUCAGAAACCUAGCUCGCGUUAAACGAGCCAUGUCCUGAUUACUAGGAAAAAUAAAAUGACAAACAGAAGGGACAAAAAACAAACGGUCUCGAUUAAUUGUUGCUUCUAAGCAAGAAGUAUUCUCUUGAAAUUUCUGUGGAAAACAUAUCAUACCCUGUUAUCAAAUUUUGUAUUAUAUUCAUCAAUUAAAUGCAUACGACAAUCGA